GUUUUUAGAAUAGGGGCUAUAUAUGUGUGUCUCUAUUUACUUCAGGAGCCAAACUACGAAGGGUAUAUGGAUAGCCAAGUGUGUUGGGAUUGAGCCUUGCACGAUUGCCAUGGAUUUGGAGGGUACUGAUGGCAGGGAGAGAGGCCAGGAUGGUACAUUCAAGAAGCAAAGCACCCUAUUUGCUCUGGCAGUUUCAGACAUUGUGCUGAUAAAUAUCAAAGGCUAUUCAGUUUAUGCAGACAGAAUGCUUGAAAAGAGGCUGCCGUGGCAGGAAUUGUUAAAAUGGUGGGCUAGCUAA